GGCAGGUUCCUUGAAUUGUGGUGCAAUAAAUAAUAAUGAAAUUGACACACUCCGAUUUUCAAAAGUGCACGUUGUAGAAAUGUUUUGUAUUGUGAAAUGUGCUGAAAGACACCUAAAUUUAUAUUUACUAUAACGUUGUUCUUCAAGUCCCUCCACUUAAACUGGAACUUUCAAAAACGAGUCCCGAACGUCAGCAUUUUUGACGGAAUUAAGUCCCUCGGGCCAGGGAAGGAAUUUAUCAGUUAACUGUUUUCCAAUCAUCAUGGUGUUAACGGUAAAGGUUUUUUGUUUAAUAUGUCGAUGUAGCAGACGAUUUCUUCUAAUAGUUUACAAACGAAAAAGAAACUCGAAAUGUUUAAUAUUCUACGGAAUUAUCGUUAUAAAUUAAAUCAGUUGCGAACGUCAUGAAAUUCCGUCACACUGUCAACAAAAUUUAACACGUGAAAUUUGAGACAAAAUAAAAAAUCAAACGAAGUUGGCGAUUUCGUGUCAGAAACCUUAUAUUACACAGAUUAAUUCGAUAUCUAAAUAACCAUGUUACUUACUUAUCAUUUCACGCAAACAAUUCUUCAAAUUCGUGUAGCGAGAAAAUAUAUGUGUCCGUCAACAAGACGCUGACGUUCGAUAAAACUUAGCUGCUGCGCACGUGAUGAACCUUGACCCGACCCAUAAUACUAAGCGACUUUCCUUUUCAUACAUCGCUGAUGCAUCACGCACGGUAAGUUCCAAACUUCCACAAACUUUUGUAUAUUACGAUAGAUCAGCUUGAAUAAAAUCUGUCAAAUAUCUGACGUACGAUAAAUAUGACGAUCGAGAACAGAUAAACUCUGGCAAGACAAUUCCAGAAUGCUCUGGAGACAAAAAAUAGGGCUUAAAAACACGGCGCAGUGCGUUGAGAGUUCGCGGCGUGAGCGGCCAUACUUGGAAACGUUAUACGCGCGCGUGAUCAGGUAAAGAAAGUUACGAACGUCAGUAUAUUGACGGAUUGUUUUGCGUACGUCAUUUAUUUGACAGACUUGUAAAAUAUGACGCGAACGUCAGUCACGUUUUGACGGAUAGUAAUAUCGAGCGUCAUUUUGACGGAAAAAAUCAAAAUGCCGUCUCUGGGUUUCUUUAAACCGAGGGAGAGGUUUAGUGUGUUUGUUUUAAGAGUAAAAAAAUGUGAUUUUGAUCAAAUUUCAAGAUAUAUUUCAGCUCUUGAAUGGCAUUUACUUCGUAAACCAUUUGUUUUAGGGGAAAUAAUUUACCCCAAAUUUUAUCUAAAAAAAAUCAAAGUUUUAAGUGCAGUUUUAGGCGUACGUUAUCGGAACUGUAUUAUUAUUUGGGUACGCCUAGAGGUUUAUGAAUAUUUCUCAAUGGAUGCAUCUGAAACUGACUUACAUUUUUGUCAAUUAACUUUUGUAGCUUGAAUAUAUAAUUAUGUACCAGGUUGUAAUUGGAAAGUGUCCGGAAAUCGGGCAAAACUGUAUAUACGGCGAAACGAAUUUCACAGCUUUUAAUUGGGUGUGCCAUGGUGUUUGAAAGUUAGAAAAUAAUGCCAAAAUAAAACACUUUUAACAAAAGUCUCAUUUGCACGCAUUCAUUAUGAAUUGUUAUUAUAUAUUUGUUUUUUUGUAUUGUUCACGCUCGUCUUUUUUUUUUUUAGAUCCAUCUCCAUCUACCACAGCUGCACCCCACCUUUCAUAGCCUCACUUCAUUCAAAAGCUGCACUGCACUAACACCAUCCCAAUCCCAUAUCCAAAAUCAUCUGCUUACUAACCACCCGUAAUACUUACCUUCAUCUUCAAAAAUGAGCAAGGCAACAUACUAUCGAAACAAACUGAAACAUAACAAUCCCCCAAAAUAUGAGGAAUACCUUCAAUCGCAAGCGAAGGCUGCCAAGCAACGUAGGGACAAAUUUAAAGAAGAUUUAGCGAAACGAAAACCGUCUGUAGCUGCGCUCGAACAACUAAAAAGAAAACGCGAACAAGGGCGAGCGAGGAAAAAGAAGUACAUGGAGAAGAAAAAAAAUAAUCAAAACAAGAAUCCACCUAAAGUGAAAAUAAAUUUCAGGAAACCACGUGACACGGACAGAACACCAGCCCCAACAAGAGCGCCAACAACAGGAACAAGAGCGGCCACAGAAGCAAAACAAGCCUACUGGCGAGAGAGAAAACAAGCUGAGAGAGAAAGGCUCAAAGAAAGGCCGCAAAAACUAAGAAGAAUCAAGGAAAAGGAUAGAAACCGGAAAAGACAAAAACGAGCAGAGUUUCUGAGAAAAGAACAAGAACGGCAACAGCAACAAAACACUGAACGUCAAGGCUACCAGUCACUCAAAACUCUCAGAAAUCACACAACAAAGGCGCGAAAGGCUCUCCCCAAAUCACCUGAAAAAUUUGCAUCAGUUGUCUGCGGACUAGUCAAAAACUCAUCACCGCGAAAAAAGAAGGCUCUCAAAAACAAGGGACUGACCGAAGCAACGACAUUCAGUCCCAAAAUAAAGGAAAUAGCGGAAAAAAUAAAGCAAAACAAAGGGGGCAGGGAAGCUUUAAAGCAUUUCGCCUGUGCUUCAAUCAAGUUCGCAACCAAAGUACAAAUUAGCAAACAUUUAAAGCUAAACUCCGGAACAAUCCGAAGAGCGAUACACACCAGUGGAAAUCGACGACAUGUGGGACGUGGGAAGAUGUCAGUUCAUCUGCGACAGAAGAUAACAUCGUUUUAUCUUCGGGAAGAUAUUUCUAGGCCAUUACCACUAAAGAGGUACGCAACCAAACACGGUCCUGGACAUGUCUUGCAAAUGUCACUGACAGCCGCCCACCGAAUGUUUCAAAAAGAGUAUCCCGACUCGAGAGUGAGCUACUCCAAGUUCACCUUCUUACGACCCAAGAAUGUUCGUCUGCUGUCAAAGGUUCACCACGAAGUGUGUACUUGCGUUUAUUGCAUGAACAUUAAGUACAAGCUGAUGGUUGUUAACAGAGUCAUCAACACAACAAAGUCAACAAGUGGAGUCGUGAAGAUAGCUGAUGAGUACGAGUUUGUCAACAAGUUGUUGUGUCCGGUUUCAGAUUCUCAGAGAUUUCAAAAUGAGGAGUGCGUGUUUGGUACUUGUGACAAAUGUGGCAAUUUGGGUGACACCAUACGAAAGAUGUACGAGCCUGUCAUCAAAGAAGCAAGGGGAACGUGGAAUUGGCUCCAUUGGGAAAGAGUGGAGGUCAUAGAAGGAAAACCACGCCGUGUGCUCAAAACCAAGCAAGGGUCGAUGGGCGACGUUCUCGAGGAACUAAUAAACGAUGCUGAGAGGCCUGUUCAAGGUGUUUCGUUUGUAAAGCACAUUGUCACGGCAAGAUGGCAGCACCGGCAGUACUCGAACUUGAAAGAACACCUCCCUGAAAAUUGGGCGAUGAUGGUUAUGGACUUUGGGCAAAACAGGAAGGUAUUCUACCAGGAUGAGAUCAAGGCUGCAUACUACGGACAGAUGCAGAUAACGAUGCACCCAGUCGUUAUGUAUUAUCGACAAAAUGGCACUCUCGUUCGGGACUCUAUGAUCUUUCUCUCAGACGAUAUCCGCCAUGAUUACCACGCCGUUGAACACUACCUGAACAUGGCCUCGCAACACCUCGCAAGCAACAUGCAACAAGUAGACAAAGAAGUGCUCUGGAGUGACGGGUGCCAAAGUCAGUAUAAAGGGAAAGGUACUUUUGCCGAUCUAAGCUUGUCGUCAGAUGCCAGAGAACGCAACUACUUUGGAUCCGAACAUGGAAAGGGAGAGGGCGAUGGAGAAAUUGGGGUGGUAAAUCGAGCAGUUGAUCAAGCUAUUUUGGGGCGCAAAGUUGUGCUUAAUUCAGCUAAGGAUAUGUGGGGGUGGUGUUGUGCAAAUUUGGCCAGUGAUUCGAUGUAUUCAAAACGGUCCUUUGUGUACGUGGCAAAGGAUGAAAUUAGCAGAGAGAGACCCGAAACGGAUGUCACCACACUCAAGGGAUCUCGUGGAUACCAUCAGAUUCAGGUUGCUGCCCCCUAUAAGCUCAAGGUGCGCCGAUUGUCCUGCUUUUGCUUCCCGUGCCUUCUCAACAACAACGAAAUGUGUACGAACGCGACUUACACUGGAGGCAAGUUCGAGAUAAAGCAGUUGAGCCUAAAAGCAAUCAGAAAUGUACACGCGAGGAACAGAAAAGGAGUGUCGAAAGCAGCGACUGAAAUAAAUGACGCGUCCGUAGGAUCAGAGCUGGAGAGUGUAAAUGAACCGCAAUCGGCUCCAAUUCGUCAGUCUUCUCGGAGUGCCUCUCCUGUACCCCCGCCUUCGGAUCCAGCCUCCAUUCGACCGAAUGCCAUAGAAUGUGGUCACUUUGUUGCUGUUAAAUUACACGGGAAGCGAGGUACAUCUGACUGGUACUUAGCGAAGGUGAUGGAUGUCACAGAGACGGCAAUGUGUCUAUCGUAUCUCUCAAAGUCAGGCUCUUACUACGUAUGGCCCGACAAUGAAGAUACGUCAUGGCAGAACCGCUGUGAUUAUCUUUGUCAUGUUGACCCACAAUGGACGGUUAUAGGAAGCAGAAUCAAGAUGACCCUUACAUCAGAGGAUCGCAAUCGUUGUAUUAAUACGUUUAAUGUUUCAAAUCAACUGUGAGUUUGGUCGAGCAUCGAUAAACAGUCAAAUGAAUCUAGCGUGUUCAAUAACAGUGACAUAGAAAGCCCCUUAGUUGUAGUGGUAUAUGCUUAGGCCAUAUAAAACGAAAUGUCGUUAUUCAGUAAAUAUUAAGUGAAUUUAUAAAUUGACACUUCGAUAAAUUCGUCACCGUCACCACGAAGUGACACUAACAUCAACAAAUCAAUAUUUUACGAUUUCGAUUUUUUUCCUGAUUUGUGAUUAAUUACAUAUAAUCUAUCACCUCAAGAAGUUACUAAACACAUAGUUACACUGUAAUUAGUUUUGUCAAAACAUUAAUUAACAUUAAUGAGCGUUUGCAACUUAAUAGGUCAAAACCGGAAAAUGCGUUUUCACGAAGUGUACCAUACCAUUCUUUUGCAUGUAAACUGCCUGCACACUACGCGUCAAAAACGGGUUUUGCGUUUUCACGAAGUAACACAAAUGUCACGUGAUACGCGCGACUCACUUCUGGCGUCAUCACGAAGUAGCGCUAACCCAUUAGCUAAUACUGUCAUGGUUAGCCUCACUUCGUGAAAACUCGAACAGCGCGUAUUCUGAUUUUAGAGUUUUUACGAAGUGACGUUAAGGUUAAUUAGUUGAUAACUCGUUAAUAUUAUUUGUUUUCAAUAAAAAUCAUACAUAAACGUGACAUUCAAGAUCCCAGCUUUCAGACAAUGUAAAAAAAUAUGAAUUUUGAGGCUACGAUGUUCAGAUCACCGUUUCAAAACAUCACCAACUUAAAUCGCUUGUAUCUCGAAACACACAUUUUCCACUUCGCGGGGGUUAAGGUCACUUCGUGGUGUCGGUGACGAAUUGUUACUUCAAGUGUUAAAUGUUUGAAUGUUGCGCAAUAUUCUUAAAAUCCGGUUCAUUGUGAACGUGAACGGAAGCGAAAUUGUCGCCUCCAAUGUCCAUCAUCCGUGAUUGCAUGAAGUACAAACCGGACUUUGCAGUUUGUUGCUAUUAAAAUUAUUGUUGAUUAUUGUUGUUUAAUUAUUGUUGCUGUUACUUCAAACAGCAGAAUUGCUGUGAUGGUCUGCUCCCUUUCAAGCAUUUCAAUUAUCAUGAUAAGUCGUGUUCAUACUUCAUGCAAACGUGAGUGCCAAGUGAACUUAGCAGUGAUUUAAUUGCUUGUGGGAUGACUUUCUAAAGUUGAAAUGUGUUUAAAUUUACAUUUUCGCAAAUCUUAACAAUUUCUGUACUCGAUUUGCUUCGUAUUUUUGAAGAACAUGGCAGGUGACUAGGUAAUCUGCAAGUGUUCUUUUCAUUUGCGAAAAUCUACACCAUGGUAGGGGUGUUGAAGCAUAGGAAAAUAUCAUGCAAUUUCUGAAUUUGAUAAAUUAUUCCAAAUUUAGUGGAUUUGAUAUUGAUAAAAUUAUUGUUGCUGAGUUCGCGAAGAUACCGUACAAUGCGACCCACCACUGCUGUCAGUUCGCCAACCUGCAGAAUUCUUGUGAUGACCUGACCCGCUUCUCACUGCAAACAUGAUUAUUAUUUCACGAUAUGUCAUGUCCAUACUUCACGCAAACGGGAAUGCCCAGCCAGCCGGUGAAGUUUUACGGCAGAUUGAUUUCGCGGCGAAUGACGGAUUUGCUCUUGUUUGAAUAACGUUUCAUUUGCGCAAGUUUCCAUUAUGACGUCUUCACGGUUAGCUCGCAUUCGUAUGCGUUUGCGUGAAGUAUCAACAACCCUUUUAAUUGCAUAAUGGUAAGUCAUUACCCUUUAUUCACCCCAAUCAAAUUCACUGGACGUUUCCCACCAGGUUCCAAACUUCUCACGGAUAAUGCGUUGUCGUCAAAGUUGCUUGAUAGAAAUAGCAUGACGUGUGCGAGCCGCGCUUGCUAAUAUUUAGAGACGAGUGCACAGGAUUGCAAGAUAGAGAUUUUUCUUCCCGAGUUUUCCUAACUUUUUAUCUCCGUUAAUACAGCUGAGUGAGCUGACUACACAAUUUAAUAUGAUCACUUUGCGCCUAAAACUAAUUGUUCACCCGCAAAGAACGACGUGACAGCAAUUCUCGAACGUCAUGCUAAUUCCGUCAACUAAAAACUUAUGUGGUUAGUUCAGCCGUUGAUCCUCCGAUCGUCAAUUUUUCUUCUUCACAAAAACUGCAAAAAGCACGUGACUUGCAGGGUACCAGUCGAUAACAAAAAUCUACAGUAUUCGAUGCCCGGGACCAAUUCUGAGUUGGGGUGUGCGUGUCAUUAUCAAUUUCUGUGAGGUGCAGGUGGAACUGUCGUAAAACCUGACUAUGAACUCUUGAAUUGUACUUCGUGACGUUCAUUAUUCUGUUUUCUGCAAUGAACAUCGUUUGGAAUAUGUAACAUCCUUUGUCAAGCCGACUGUGCGUCAAAAUGAAAACGAUUCUCGAACGUCAUUCAAAGUCCGUCCAAAUUAUCGAACGUCAUCAAAAUUCCGUCAAUUCUGACGUUCGAAACUACGAUGUUUCAGAAUAUGAAUCUUUUUAAUAGAGCAUGCUAAAUGGAUUCUUUUACACAAAUGCAAUGUAUGUUGGCCGAAAAACAUGUAAGGUGAAUCGUUUUCGUAUUGUGCCAAUAUUACAUAAAAACAAGGCAGUUUUUGCCUUGAUUUUCUGUCAAAA